AUGGCGUGGAAAACACCUGGACCGUGGAAAGCGCCUCAGCAGCCCAACCCCAAGAGACAUGAUGACUCAAACCGCCCCGGGCUGUCCCCCACCAGCCCGGACACGGGCCCAAAGACACACUAUAUCGAUACCCAGAAUGAAGAGACCAUGGUGCUCAAGGCCAUUUACGGAGAGGACUACGUUGAACACAAAGCUGCAAAUGUAGCUUGGAAGAAGUCAGAGCCUUCGUUUGAUAUUCGUGUCAAAGCUCUCUCAGACGAGGACAUGGCUGUGACCUUGAGUGUUGUUCUCACUGCCACUUAUCCAAAAUCCGUACCCCUGUUAAGCCUAAAAGAUGAUUCCUCCCUAAAUGAAUCAAUCCUGUUUAAGCUGCAGAAAUUUAUUGAGUCGAGGCCGAAAGAUUUGGUCGCUUCAGGACAGGCUGAGCCCAUGAUACAUGAAUUAGUCGAGGGACUGCAGGAUAUACUCGAAGAUGCUGCUCACACCAAGGCCCAGGGGCUAGAAUUGCCCUCCUUAGAAGAGGAGCGGGCGGCUCACGAGAAUGAGCUUGCUAGGCAAGCUCUGGAGCAGGAACAGGAGGCAGAACGUAGAAAACGUGAUGCUAUCAAAGAAGAAGAACGGGUUAUGCAAGAUAUGCUGCAGCAAGAGGUCGAACGACAACGACUCAAAGUCAAAGAAUCCAAGAGACGUCAGAAGCCACUGACCAUGCCCAGCAGCUACCCGGAGGCCACCGCUAAUAUUGGAGAGAGCCGCAUCGAGUUUGAUCAACCUAGUGAGAUUUCUGACUUAGCUGGAAAUGUCUUCCAUUUCAAUACCGUCAUUGGCAAGACCAUGGUACAAGAGGGUCCAAUCUCGACUACAUAUCGGGUGUGGCCUGCCCUAGUUGGUGCUCAGGAUUGUCGCGGUCUUGCCCUUAAGGAGUUCGAGCUGCGGUCCUCACCUAGCGAAUCCGCUAAUUUCAAGAAACAGUUACAGGCGUUGGAGAAUCUGCUAGAAUCUAUCAAGAAGAUAACUCAUCGCAACAUUACCAGCCUGCUGAACUACCGCAUCGACCCAAUGCAUGUUGAAAAUCAUUCCGCUUCUGCAGGCUGGGUUGCUCGCAUUCUGACACCCUUCGCUGACAAGGGCCCACUUGGUGAACUUAUCGAAUUGGCCGGCCGGCUUGAUGUAGGUAAAGUUCGUUCAUGGACUGCAGACCUACUCAAUGCACUGGGGUUUAUGCAUAGCCAUGGGAUCGUUCACCAGGAUAUACACCCUAGCAAUAUUCUUCUCUUCCGAGAACCUACAGGUGAUAUUGUGCCAAAGCUUUCUGAUAUUGCAUACCAGAGAGAAAUGCAUGCGAUUUGCCGCAAGUCUAACUCUGUGUCCUCCGUGAACUCAGCCAGAUCUUCGUAUUGGCUAGCCCCCGAGGUUGCUGGAAACUCAAAGCCACAUCUCACGCAGAAAUCAGACGUGUGGGAUUUUGGUGUUGUAUUCCUACAGAUGAUUUUUGGUAUAGAUGUAUUUCAAAGGUACCAGUCCCCAAGUGCUCUUGUCGAGUCCGUCUGUCUAUCCAGCUCCUGUCACGAACUAGUAGCGAGGUUUUUCAAACUGGAUCCAAAAAAGCGACCCCGAGCGUUUGAAUUGAGUUCGAGUGAAUUCCUUGCGACUGAUGCCCCGGUGGUAAUCGAGGAGUCCAUUAUCUCUAGCUCGCCCCGUUCGCAGUCGUUAAGCUCUAUUCCACAAGCGCUACCUCUAAGAUUAAGACGCGAUUCGACUGUUCAGCAUGGUAUUUCCUCCCGCUACCGAGAAGAUUUUGUCGAAGAAGGCCGAUUAGGUAAGGGUGGUUUCGGAGAAGUGGUAAAAGCGAGGAAGAAACUUGAUGGGCAGAUAUAUGCUAUCAAAAAAAUUACACAGCGGUCCCAAUCAAGUCUUACAGAGAUUUUAAAGGAAGUCCGGCUGCUCUCUCAGCUCAGUCACCCUGCUGUUGUGAGAUAUUACAAUACUUGGCUGGAGGAAGUACCUGAUUUUUCAGACAAUGACGGUGAAACAUCCACCGAUUAUCUCAAUACCGAUGCUUCAAAAGAUACGGCCACGCAAGGUUCAGAUGUUCCAUUUGUCACCAGCACUGGUGGGCUAGAUUUCAUCUCUUCGAGCCAUCCUAACAUCGAAUUUGGUUAUGACGAUUCAGGAAGUGGUGAUGAGGAUGAACCGGACCAGAACGGACACGACGGAGACGACUCCGAAGACGAGCCCGAUAGUGACAAUUCGACUAGCGAUCCGCUGGCGGGCAUGUCAUCCCCAGUCAGGGUUCGUAGUGAGCAAAGAGGGUUCAGAACCGUGAUGUACAUAUCCAUGGAAUAUUGUGACAAAAGGACGCUGCGGGAUCUGAUCCAGCGCAACCUCUGGAAAGAAAUCGAAGAAGUUUGGCGUUUAUUCCGCCAGGUAUUAGAAGGCCUUGUUCAUAUUCACGGUCUCAAUAUUGUCCAUCGGGAUCUCAAACCAGAGAACAUCUUCAUCGGGCUAGGACCUGACGGCGUGAACAAUGUCAAGAUUGGUGAUUUUGGCUUAGCCACAACUGGGCAGUUUGCAGUAGACAAGACUGCCUUUACCAACUUGGAUUCCAAUGAACUAACAAGAAGUGUUGGGACGUCUUAUUAUGUGGCGCCCGAAGUUCGUCGACAAGGUAGCGGGUCAUACACCUCCAAGGUCGAUAUGUAUUCACUAGGAAUCAUUUUCUUUGAGAUGUGUUAUUAUUCCAUUGUAGGCAUGGAACGAGCGGAUAAGCUAGGUAAAUUGGGCCAAAAUGGUCAGCUGCCGGACGACUUCCAGCCUGGCAAUGCCAUCCCAGCGGAUAUUGUGCAGUCCCUUGUAACACACGACGUCAAGGUACGCCCAUCUAGUGCAGAGCUUUUGAGAAGCGGAAAGCUACCCAUACAAAUGGAAAAUGAAACGACGCGUCGGGCGCUGGCAAGCCUUACAAGCACAAGCUCUCCAUAUUACCCGAAGGUAGUCUCGGCGCUGUUCGCUACGCCUUUAGAACCAACAAAGGACUUCGCUUGGGACAUGUCCGCUCCAUGCCCCACUGUUGCUGAAUUAUUGCAUAGAGGCAUAGUAAAAGAAGAGCUAACGUCUAUAUUCCGCCGACAUGGCGCGGUCGAGGCCCCUAGAAGCUCCCUUUAUCCGCGCUCGUCUCAUUAUUCCGCUAGCCAGAAUAUCGUGCAGCUCCUGGAUCAGAAUGGGACGGUAGUCCAGCUGCCAUUCGAUUUGAUGCUGGGAAAUGCUCGAUUAUUAGCAAAGCAAUCGCAUCCACCAGAUAUUCGCCGAUCCUUCGCGUUUGGACAUGUCUAUCGGGACAGGCAGAAUGGAGGUCAGCCACAGAUGAUUGGGGAGGUCGAUUUUGAUAUCGUUUCAGCAGACACGCUUGAUUUGGCGUUGAAAGAGGCUGAAGUCAUUAAGGUCUUGGAUGAAAUCAUCGAGACAUUUCCGAGCACAUCAUCUAUGUGCUUCCAUCUGGGCCACUCAGAUCUGUUACAGCUUAUUUUUGAGUAUUGCAAUAUCGACUUGAACGCGAGGCAGUCAACAGCAGAGUCGUUGACAAAGUUGAAUAUUCACUCAUUCACGUUUCAAAAGAUUCGUGCUGAACUACGAUCGCCUUUGAUAGGGAUAUCAGCCACGAGCAUUGAGGAUCUACGUCGCUUCGACUUCCGAGAUACACCGACAAAAGCAUUUGCAAAAUUGAAGUCACUUUUUGAAGGCACGCCUUAUUACCAGCAGUUGCAUUCAACUAUUGCACAUUUGAAAGGGGUGAUUGAAUAUACGAAACGCUUAGGUGUCCAUGCCAAGAUAUACAUUAACCCCCUAAGCAGUAUCAAGGCUAAUUUUUUUACCGGUGGUAUACUGUUUCAAUGUGUUUACGACAAGAAAUUCAAAGAUGUUUUCGCGGCCGGUGGUCGAUAUGAUAGCCUGAUCAGGGCACAUCGUCCUAAGAUUGGCAGCCAGGGUGACGGACCUCACGCUGUUGGUUUUAGCUUGGCCUGGGAGAAGCUGGCGAGAUUACCAAAAUCGAACAAUAAGGUUUUCUUAAAGAAGCCAGAAGAGGAACAACAGGGUGUAUUCAGUACUAAACGAUGUGAUGUGCUUGUUGCAAGUUUUGACGCCCACACUCUACGGACUACUGGCAUUGAGAUAGUGUCAACCCUAUGGAGCCACGAAAUCAGUGCUGAGCUGGCGCGUGAUUCCCGCUCACCAGAAGAGCUCAUCUCUAGAAACAGAGACGAGUCGUAUUCGUGGAUCAUCAUAAUCAAGCAUGACACCCUCAAAAUUAGAACGAUGGAUCGUAAGGAUGUUGCAGACACAGAAAUCGCAAUAACUGAGCUUUUACCAUGGCUUAGGGCUGCACUCCGUGAGCGCGGCUCUCGUCUCCAUAUAAUGCACAAGCAAUCGGAAACGACAGGAAGUGCAACGUCACCGUCCGAAGGAGCUAGCGUUACACCAAAUCCUAGACAGGAGGUGCGUGUUCUAGUGGCCGGCACUAGGUCCAAGAAGUUCAACCGUCAGACUGUUAUCGAACAAGCCCAAGGUAAUGCCGCGAGCUUGGUUCAGAACUUUUUAGACGGUCCUAUCGCAGCUGUGGAGACAUCAGAUCAUGUCCUCGACCUGAUUCAAAGCACUGCUCUAUCAGAGACUGAAAGCUGGCGCAAGGCAGAGCAAGCUGUUGACAAAAACGAGAGAAGAUAUAUGCGAGAUGUCCAUAACAUGUUGUCCGAUUGGCGAUCCACAUGGGAAGAAAAGGGUGGAAGCCGCCACGCCUUUGUCUAUAAUUUCAGAACGACCAAAUGUAUCUACUACGAUCUUGGUGCCUAA